AUGCCUGUGCCGGGAUCAAGUCAAGAGUUAUACCCCAAACAUCACCACUUGGGUUUAGAGGCCACUUUCUGUGGUCUUGAGCACCCGUUGUCUACCCCAGAUACCCCAAUCCACCAGUUUCUUGGUAUUAAGUAUGCUCAUAUACCGGCGCGUUUUCGCCAGUCUGUCCUCUGCACCACGUAUCCGCCCAUAGUCGACGCUUCGAAGCAUGGUCCAAUAUGUCCGCAACAGCGGGCGACAAAAUCAAUGGAGGAGACCCUAUUCGGGAUCCCAUUGGACGAGAUUCCCAACCAAAAUCUCAAACAGGAUGAAUUCGAGUGCUUAAACCUCAACAUCACCUGUCCUGCUGGUCUCACCCCCGACUCGCGCUUGCCCGUCAUGAUCUGGGUACACGGCGGCGGCGACAGAGGUUCUGGCUCAGAAUGGUAUUACGACGGCGGAGCUAUUGUCCGUAAAAGCAUUCGAUACAACAAGCCAAUCAUACUUGUCACUUUCAAUUACGACAUAGCUUCCGCAUCGGUCUCCUGGGCUUCGCCACCAACGCCAUUAUUCGUGACGACAACAAAGCAGCUGGCGAGCAUGGGACCGGAAAUUAUGGCGAGCCUUCGCGAUCAGCGCAAUGCGAACGACUGGGUGCACCGUUACAUCUCUGAAUUUGGAGGCGACCCAAAUAACAUUACUCUGUUUGGCUCCGGGUCCGGCGCCGCCGACAUCGUCUGCCAUCUCCUCUCGCAGGCCAACCUCACUCGCCCCAUAUUCCAUCAGUCGAUAAUACAAUCUCCUGUAUUCGAACCAACCUUACCUGACGUUGGAUCUGCGGGAUGGUGUCUGUCUCGCGUGGUAUCGGCCCUGCAACUCACCAAUAUCGAAAAAUAUCGCAAUAUUGAAGUCGAGAAGCUGCUAGGCCUUGGCCAGACUCUAAGAGUAGUCGACGACCGUGUGUUCUUUAGAGACGGGUGGCAGAACUUUUUAGGGCCCAAGCCAAACGGAGGCCACUCUCUUACAGAGCACAGCAGAAUACACCACGGUGUGCUUAACAAUCUUCUGCGCCCGACAGGGCAACGCAGUAAAAGUAGGAGCAGGAGCAGAUCUGCCAUACGCAAUCUUCGCUCGCCAUCACGUCCGAAAGCAAAGGCUAUACCCACCAUCCCUGAGCACACCCAUCAUAUUACUCAACCCAUCAUCAUUGGCGAUUCCUCGGCGGACUCUUACCUCUGGUCCAACCCUAUAUCUCUGUGGACCUCUGCCGGGGUAGUCCGACGGCUCAAGGCCGUAUGCCAGUCUUUGAGUAAAACAUCUGCUAUCUUGCGAGCAUACGAUGUAUCGCAAUACACCCCUGAGGAAGAAAUCACCGAGCGUGUUCUUGAGCUCGUCAACGACGCCCGUGUGGCGUGGCCUACACACUGCAUCGCACAAAACGCCGCACAGGAACGCGGCGACCACGGCGUCUGGCGCUUCGUCUUUGAUCAGGAAGGCCCCUCGCGGGGCAUCCCCCACCACGCCGCGGACCUCAUGUACCUCUUCGACAACGUCCCAUUGCCAGCCAGCGCCAAAAUGGGCGCUGUCAUGGAGAUGGACAUGUUCUCGGUUGAGCUCGACGACGACGUCUCGGACGAAUUAGAAGACGAGCCGUGCGUCUCGCCCGGCAUCGCGAGCCCCUGCCCGGGCGCGGACGGUGAAGGUGACUGCGCGCGCGGGCGCACGCGCUGCAGGGGCGACAGCUUCAGCAGCGCGCUCGCAGCGAAAUGCGAGUCCAUCGCGCCGCGCGAGUCGAAGGGGGGCUCGUCGAGCAGCUCGAGCGAGCAGGACGCGGAGCAGGACGAGUGGCUCGUUGCGCCUGUGGACGAGUACUCGUACUGCCGCGUGCGCGACGCUAUGCAGGAGCGCUGGAUCUCGUUUGCGUAUGGAGAGGUGCCGUGGCGCGAGGAUAAGGUGUUUGUGUUUGGCCCCGAGGGCGAGACGGGCGAGCGGUCGAGGGAGAUCUUUGAGGGCAGGAGGAGGCGGCGCUUGUGGUCGGAGGCGCUGGAGCCGCUUGGGGCGGCGUUGGUGCAGAAACUGGGUGUCGAACUCAGUAGGGGCCCUGCUCAUGGCGCGGAUCGGUGA